AGCGUUUCCCAGUCACCACUUUUUGAUUUAAACAUCUUUAUGGCUCUGUACCUUUUCAUUGAAAAAGAACAUAAGCAUAUCACUACACAAUUUAUCAGAAAUGGCAUCAAUUUUAAGAUGGGCAAGAGCAGUUACUAGAAGAGCACCAUCGCCCCCACUGCACUUCUCUACGGAAGGGUUUGAAUUGAUCGACGACGCCCUGCCACUUGACGAAGAGCAAUUUGAGGGUUUCAAAAAAGGGCUGUAUUAUCCUGUGAAUAUUGGUGAUGUUUUUGCAUCUAAAUACCAAGUUGUUGGAAAGCUUGGAUAUGGUGUGACCUCCACAGUCUGGUUAGCUCGCGACCUCCAGUACGUCCUUCGUAUCAUAGGCAUAUGGUCAUGUACUAACAAACAAGAGCACAUGAACACGUUUCUCUGAAAAUUUACACCCGCGACGGAGACCCACAAGAAGAAUUUCAGAUCUAUCAACGUCUCAGCACAGGCAACAAAUCACAUCCUGGAUACUUCCAUAUUAGAACAGCCUUGGAAAUAUUUACGAUACCCCGUAUAGGCGGUGAGCAUGCCUGUCUUGUUCAAAAGCCAAUGUGGGAGAGCUUUAAACACACUUGUUAUCGUCUUCCGGACGGCUGUUUCACAGAGAAUAUUCUGAAAGGUGCAUUGCAACAGCUGUUCGCUGCUUUGGAUUACUUGCAUACUGAAUGUCAACUUGUUCAUACCGGUACGGGAACUCAUUUCCUCUUCUUAUUUUGCUCAACAUAUUGAAAGAUAUUAAUCACAUCUUACAGACAUCAAGCCAGAUAACAUGAUGACUGACAUCGAGGACAAUUCCAUCCUCGAUGCCUUUACAGAAGCAGAAAUUGAAUGUCCUUCACCUCGCAAAUUGGUCAACGGUGUGACUGUAUAUGCUUCACGGAUAUUAGACGUCCCAAAAACAUUCGGCGAUUCGGUUUUGAGCGACUUUGGCUCAGCAGUUCGAGGUGAUGAAAAGAGGAAUCAUGAAGCAGGACCUCAAGUUUAUAGGGUUAGUAUGAAUCUAACUUAAUUGCAAGCCAACGUCUUCCAGCUCUAGAAAUGUAUACUGAUCUCCCGAUAGGCACCUGAAGUCAUGAUACAAGCUGCUUGGAGUUAUCCUGUCGAUAUAUGGAAUGUAGGUGUGAUGAUUUGGGAUUUAUUCGAGGGUAAACAUAUGUUCCAUGGUCAAGAUUCCGAUGGAGAGGGUUAUUCCACGCGUGCUCAUCUAGCGGAGGUUAUCGGAAUGUUGGGCCCCCCGCCUUUGGAUUUCCUUGAAAGAGGGAUACGAGUUUCAGAGUUCUUUGACAAAGAAGGUGCGUAACUUGAAAGAUAAACUUCUGUUUGAAAGCAAAAACUAAUUUGUGAUUUUCUAGGUAAAUGGAUAGCUGAGAUGCCUAUCGUGGAAGAUCUAGAAUUGGAGAAAACCGAACUACGUCUUCAGGGUAGGAACAAGGAGAUGUUUUUGAAUUUCAUGCGUGGUAUGCUUCAGUGGCGACCGGAAGACAGAAAAACGGCUAGGCAAUUGGCUGAUGACCCUUGGAUCAAUGAAAUAAUAGAUUCAGAUUAGAUUGAAGGUUAUGGGGGACAAGAGCCAGAUCUUGAAGUAUUCGCAAAUCAGGCAUGGCUAGGGCUAUACAAAUUUCCGCUACGACGCUUGCUAAAUUGAUAUCUUUGUGAAAAGAAUAAUGAGAGUCUAGCGUCAAUGUCAUUUUUUUAAUUUUACUAGAAUAUCAAAAUUAUAAAAUCUAUCUCAAGGUA